AAAAAAGAAGAAGAAGAAGAAACCUAACAGUUCUUUUUCUUCAGAAAAGAACCUAACAGUCUUACAUUACAAAGAAAAUUAAUUCGGUGUGGACUAUGAAGCUGAUUGGUUGUUAUUUUGACUUGGAUUUGAUAUAUCAACUCUGUUAUCUAUGGCUUCCUUCUUACUUUCCUUCAGAUUCCCAAAGGAGGCUCUGAUUUGUCCGUGGUUCAAUCCAAGUAUUUGAUGUUUUAUCAUUCAAUAAAAAACAAAUGGAGACGACUCAAUUCGACUCUUUUCUCGAUCGAAUGCGAAACCCUGCUUCUCUCAAUUUUGUUCGCUCCAUCAAGAGCUUCAUUGUAUCGUUUUCGUUUAAUGCGCCAAACCCUGAAAACGAUUCCAAAAGGAUACAAGAUUUUCUCCUGUCAAUGGAAGCUGCUAUGAGGGAUCAUCCUUUGUGGGAAGCCUCCUCUGAUGCUGAAAUUGACAAUGCCUUGGAGGGUCUGGAGAAAUAUGUGAUGACCAAACUACAUUCGCGGACCUUUGCUUCCUCUGCUGAGGAUGUCCAGGUGGAUGCAGAGAUCUCAGACAAGAUAUACUUGUUGCAAACCUUUUUGAGGCCUCAACAUUUGGACAUACCACCCGUACUUCAAAAUGAAGCUUCAUGGCUGCUUGCAGAGAAAGAAUUAAAAAGGAUCAACGCUUUCAAAGCCCCUCGUGAGAAGCUUCUUUGUAUCAUAAAUUGUUGUAGGGUUAUCAACAAUUUACUGCUCAAUGCUUCAAUUUCAGAAGAUCGUGUUCUAGGAGGAGCAGAUGAUUUUCUUCCCGUUCUUAUAUAUGUUACGAUCAAGGCUAAUCCCCCACAUUUGCAUUCCAACCUCAAGUUCAUACAGAUAUACAGGAUGCAAUCAAAACUAGUCUCAGAGGAGGCAUACUUUCUCACAAAUCUUGUCUCAGCCAAGUCCUUCAUUGUAGACUUAAACGCUAAAUCUCUUUCUAUAGAAGAAAGUGAAUUUGAGGAGAGCAUGCAAGCAGCAAGGUUGGUUGAUAGAGUGCCACAAGAAACCUUAAUCACCUUUGAUAAGAGGUCAACAUUAAAAAACAUUACAGAUCCAGGUUCAUCAAUACCGAUGCACAAAAAAACGAAGUCAAAUUUUAAGGGUGAAUUAAAUUAUCCUUACAUGGAAGUUGAGGCUGGUGAAUUGACUGUGGGUGAUGUGGAGAGGUUAUUAAGUUUGUACAAGGAUGUGGUAUCAAAAUAUACCAGUUUGUGCAGCACCGUUAGACACCUCACUGUUUCAAAGAUGGUUUCUCCCGUUCCACAAGGAAAUGAUGAAGACUUGUUGACAGGGUCUAACGGAACACACAAAGAUACUAGUUGUCAAGGAGACUGAAAGGUCAUGAAAAACAACGUAUGGACACAGUAACGGCACUGAAGACAUGCACAUGUGCUAACGAAGCAGAAAGGGUAAUGCAUAAAACAAUAGGGAUGGACAUGAAGUAAAAAUUUGCCAGAUUGAACUACAAAACAACAAUAAUAUUCGUUUGUCCUCCCUAUGCCUGCUAUUUACAUGUAUCCAUAGAUAUGAAUGCUUUUGAAACCCAUCUAAGCAUAUAUAUAUAUCUUUAAAGAUCUGUACCAACAGAUGUGUUAUCACAACAUUAGAAGACCCUUAAAUUUAACUGUUACAUAUAGAUAUAGUUGUGUAAAUAUCAAAACU